GAUCGGAUGAGAAUGGCGAAGAAAAGGUCUUUGUGCAUUAUUAUCAGCCACGCCAUUUUUAGCGGUGUCGGAAAUCCUCCUUCCUCUUCUCCAUCAUUUCUUCUUCAUUAUUUUUCUUUUCAUCUCCGAUACAUCCAUCAAUCGCUCACCCUCCCUCUCACGUACGCUGCGGCCUCUCACCUGCUUCGUUCUGGUAGUGGCCGCCGUCGUGUUUUUCCGCUUUUCAUUUCCCCUGCGGCCGUGUAAAUCCACCGUACCCGGCCGAAAACCUAAUUAGCCACAAAAACAAAUAAACCUUAAAUUAAUUUCCUAUCCAAAAAAAAACCCUAAUACCUACCUCCAGGUAUAGUAUGAGAAUAUCAUGGAGGAUAUUGGCCUUUGCUUACUGCAUCGCCGCCCUCUGUUACACCUCCCAGGCCGCCAAAGCCGCCAAAGCCGCCAAAGUCGACGACGAUUAUGACUACGACGAGGACGGUGACAAGCCGGCCGCCCCGCCGCCGGAGCAGCAGAAAUGCGACGGCAUAUUCCUCACCUACAGCUUCCAGGGGCGGGAGAAGAUCUAUCCCCUGGUGAAGAACACGUCGGCGCAGGCCUGGUCCUUCAAGGCCACGCUGUCCAUCCUGAACGCCGGCAAAGUGGAGCUCAAAAACUGGAAGGCGUUCGUAGGGUUCCAAUACCGCGAGCUGUUGGUGUCGGCGGAAGGGGCGGUCGUGGUCGACGGCGACGACUUCCCGAUCAAGGUGGGGAAGAACGGGACGGUGUUCGCCGGAGAUCCCAUGACGGAUUUGAAGACGGCCAUCGACACCGCCGGAGAUUUCACCCAGAUGCAGGCGCAGAUUGAGAUUAAGGGAACGCAAUUUGGGUUGAAGGAGAAGUCCACCCCCAUGCCUAGAUCAAUCAAGCUCCGAAACGAUGGAUUUAAAUGCCCUGCCUCCAAAAAAAAGCCAACCUUCAUGAGCGUGUGUUGCAAGAAGGACCCAAAGUUCAAGCCCAAGAAGGAGAAGAAGACCAAGUUCUUGCCCAAACAGGCCGCCGACCUGAGCUUCACCUACGACGUUCUUUCCGCCUACGAGAACAAAUACCAAGUCCAAGUCACCAUCGACAACGACAGCCCUCUCGGCCGUCUGGAUCAAUGGAAUCUCACCUGGCAAUGGAUGAGAAACGAGUUCAUUUACACCAUGAAAGGCGCUUUCCCCCACGUCAAAGACCCCUCCCAAUGCAUCUACGGCCCUCAGGGAAAGUACUACCAAGAUUUCGAUUUCACCAACGUUUUGAACUGUCAGCCCCGCCCUGUCAUCUCCGAUCUCCCUCCCCAGUUCGUCGACGACAAAAAGAUCGGGAAACUCCCGUUUUGUUGCCGGAACGGAACGUUGUUGCCCAAGACCAUGAAUAAGACCAAGUCGAAGUCGAUUUUCCAGAUGGAGGUGUUCAAGUUGCCGCCGGAUCUCAACCGGACCGCCAUCACUCCGCCGCAGAAGUGGAAGAUCACGGGGAGGUUGAACCCCACGUACAAAUGCGGGCCGCCCAUGCGGAUUGACCCCAGCGAGUUCCCCGACCCCAUGGGCACCGCCAUGACCACCACCGCCGUCGCGUCGUGGCAGAUAGCGUGUAACAUCAAUAAGCCCAAGCGCAAGGAGGCCAAAUGCUGCGUGUCGUUCUCGGCGUACUACGCCGACUCGGUGGUUCCGUGCAACACGUGCGCCUGCGGCUGCGAGGACGGCGAGGAACAGACGGCGGGGCGGCGCUGCAACCAGAACGCCGACGCCCUGCCGCUCCCGGCCGAAGCCCUGCUCGUGCCGUUCGAUAACCGGACGGAGAAAGCCUUGGCGUGGGCCUCCAUGAAACACCACAAGGUGCCCCGGAGACUCCCCUGCCCGGACAACUGCGGCGUGAGCAUAAACUGGCACGUGGAUUCCGACUAUCGCUCCGGCUGGACGGCCCGGAUGACGCUCUUCAACUGGGGGGAAGAUCCGUUCGUGGACUGGUUCACGGCGAUCCGGCUGAAAAGAUCCGGCAGGGGCUUCGAAAACGUCUACUCAUUCAACGGCACAAUGCUCCCUCGCCUGGGCCACACCAUCUUCAUGCAAGGCUUGCCGGGGCUGAACUAUUUAGUCGGAGAGGUGAACGGAACCCACCCGGGGGCCGAUCCCAGAAUUCCCGGAAAACAACAGUCCGUUAUCUCCUUCUUGAAGAAGGGUCUUCCCCACCUUAAAAUACGAGCGGGAGACGGGUUCCCUUCCAAGGUCAUCUUUAAUGGCGAAGAGUGUGCUCUCCCUACACGCAUUCCCAAGAAGGGUAAUUCAGCAGCCCAUAAACCCCAAACCGGCUUCUUGCCACCGCUUUUCAUUGCUUUCCUCACUUUCUUGCUCUGAUCUUGUCGGACCGGUUCAACUGAUCAAUCUAUCGCCAUUGUUUCCGAUCCUAUCAAUUCUAGCUUUCUUCUAAUAAUCUCACACCAUUCACCAACAACCUAAGCUAAGGGACAAGCAUGGCUUGGGAGUGUGAAGAAAAGAGUGGCAAUACAAAUUGAAGGGAAGCAUGCAAGAUAUUCAGAAGGGCAGUCUUGUUUGAAAAUGAAGACAAAGAAGCAGAUGAUGAA